AUGUGUGAACAAGAAGAAGAAACAUUGGACCAUCUUUUCCUCAAAUGUCCUUUUGCUAGAGCUUUAUGGUUUGGUUCGCCACGGAACUUUCGUUCUAAUGCUAUCCCAUCUAUCCGGCACUGGUUGAUAAGCACUCUUGAGAAAUAUAAAGCAGGUAAUGGACAGGACGAUAAUGUUCUUAUAGAUAUUAGUGCCACUCUUUGGGUGAUUUGGAUUUAUAGAAAUAAGGUUCUGUUUGAAAAUGAAACUAUUGACGUCCAACAAGCCAUCUCAAGCACCAGUUACUUCAUGACAGAAUGGAGAAUAGAGUUAGAUGACUAUCUCCAAAUUGGUUCAACAACUACUGAAACUGCUGGAAACCAGUCUACAUGCCGAUCUCAGAAUUGGCAAGCAAUAAUUAUAGUAGAUAUAAAAAAGCGUUCGUGCGAGGCUAAUUGGAAUGGAGGUGCCUUUGUGAUCAAAAAUCGUUUAGGCCAGUCCAUUCGUAAAGGUUGUUAUUCCUGGCAUUCCAGCAAUGAUGAAACCAACCUACUGUCCACAAUUAGAGAAGCUUUGUAUGAGGCGUGGAAACAAGGUUUUAGGGAGGUAAUCCUUUUUCUACAAUCAAAUCACGGAGUAAAGCUAACUCAGACACAUCGCUUGACUAGCUUGGAGAACGUCCCGAUCAUGGAAGAUAUUGCGACAUUACAAAAGAUGUUUAAACAUAUUCACGUCCAAGUUGCUCCUCAACUGGUGCUCCAAGAAGUUCAGGGAUUGGCAAACAUGGCAACAGUAUGCUUUACAAGGCUUGCCUGGAUAUGA